AAAGUGUAACCACCUGCAGUUCUAAACUGGAACAAUGACCCAGAAGAAUUCCUAGAUGUAGAUGCGCAUCUUUUCCAUGGACUUGGAUUAGAGGUGACACCUCACAACUCAACUUAAAAGAUGAGUGAUGGGGUGUGGAUCAUGCUUAGUCCAGCAGAGUUUGCUCAACUGCAGCAAUAUUCUGAAUAUUCUACCAAGAAAUUGAGAGAUGUUUUGGAAGAGUUUCAUGGGGAUGGCAUUCUGUCAAAAUAUAAUCCAGAACAAAAGCAAGACACUUUGAACCAACCUAUUGACUAUGAGGGGUUCCAGCUCUUUAUGAGAACAUAUCUGGAGGUGGAUAUUCCAGAAGAGCUCUGUGAGCACCUCUUCAUGUCCUUCAAAAGAAAAGUUGGCCAAUGUUCUCUCGAGAACCAGCAGCAAAGUUCCAGUAUUUCACAGCUAAGCAACCUUGAAUCCAAGACUCUUGAUACAGGUAUAUCCAUCCAGACAGAAGUUGCUUGUGCUCCUGUUACAGGGAUCAAUGGGAAAACUCUUCUAAGUGCCAUGGGAAGACAUACACCUGAAUCCAAACACCCCCAGACAAAUCUAGCAGAGCCACAAUCAGCAUCUCUCAGUCCUGUUCCAACAUCCAACAUCAAUGUCCUUGGGAAUGCCUCACCUAGCUGGUCCAGAUCAUCAUCACAAAAAUCCACUGCUGGUAAUCCUUCUGCUCACAACUCCUCAGUGUCCUCCAAGAUUUCCUCAGGUUCUCUGCUUACCCCACAAUCUCCAGGUUCCAAAAGUUUGGACAAGAAACUUCCUUUUAACCUUCGAAAGAGUAACAUCUCCCUAAAAACAGCCAAUCCACACCCACUAGCCCCUUUGGCUCAGGUAGUCUACCUGAAGGACAUUGUCUGCUACCUGUCACUGCUGGAAAGGGGUCGGGCUGAGGAUAAGCUGGAGUUUAUGUUCCGCCUCUAUGAUACAGAUGGGAAUGGCUUCCUGGACAGCUCGGAGCUGGAUCGUAUUAUCAAUCAAAUGGUACAUGUAGCAGAAUAUCUGGAAUGGGACUCCACAGAAUUAAGGCCGAUUUUGAAAGAGAUGAUGGAAGAAAUAGACUAUGAUCAUGAUGGAACUGUGACACUUGAAGAAUGGAUUCGGGGUGGUAUAACCACCAUCCCUCUGCUCGUUCUUCUAGGCAUGGAAACAAAUAUAAAAGAUGAUGGCCAACACGCUUGGAGGCUGAAACAUUUCAAGAAGCCUGCCUACUGCAAUUUUUGCCGGACUAUGUUACUGGGGGUUAGGAAGCAAGGCUUGUGCUGUUCCUUUUGUAAAUAUACUGUCCAUGAAAGAUGUGUGUCCAAAGAUAUUGCUCCUUGCAUCAGUACUUAUGUAAAAUCCAAGAGAAAUACAAAUGUUAUGCAGCAUACAUGGAUUGAGGGCAAUUCCCCAGCCAAGUGUGAUCGAUGUCAUAAAAGCAUCAAAUGCUACCAGGGAAUUACCGGACUACAUUGUGUAUGGUGCCAAAUCACACUUCACAACAAAUGUGCCUCACAUGUGAAACCUGAAUGUGAUGGUGGGCACCUCAAAGACCACAUCUUGCUGCCUUCUCAGAUCUGCCCAGUUGUUCUGGAUAGGCAAUCCCACUCACGAAGAUCAGAGAGUGAAUCACCAUCCAGCACCACCCCCGAGGAUACAAACAUGAUCUUCAGAUACAAUACUACCACAGUGGAUGAACAUGGACUGCAGAUCACGCCUAAGCCAGGAACACACCCAUUGCUGGUAUUUGUGAACCCCAAGAGUGGAGGAAGGCAAGGAGAAAGGGUACAUAGGAAAUUCCAUUACAUACUCAAUCCCAGACAAGUUUACAACCUGGAUCGUGGAGGACCUAAUCCUGGAUUAAAUUUUUUCCAUGAUACCCCAGACUUUCGUAUUUUGGCUUGUGGAGGGGAUGGGACGGUUGGAUGGAUCCUGGACUGCAUAGAUAAAAUGAACUUAGCAAAGCACCCUCCUGUGGCUAUCCUGCCAUUGGGAACAGGAAAUGAUCUUGCCCGCUGCCUCCGAUGGGGAGGAGGUUAUGAAGGAGGCAACCUAAUAAAAAUACUUAAAGAUAUUGAGCACAGUACUGAGGUAAUGCUGGACCGAUGGCAAAUUGAUGUCAUUCCCAAUGACAAAGAGGAGAAUGGAGAUCCUGUCCCAUACAGCAUCAUCAACAACUAUUUCUCCAUAGGAGUAGAUGCAUCCAUUGCACAUAGGUUCCAUUUGAUGAGGGAAAAGCAUCCUGAAAAAUUCAGUAGCAGAAUGAAGAAUAAAUUGUGGUAUUUUGAAUUUGGUACAACAGAAACAUUUUCAGCCACUUGCAAGAAACUUCACGAUUAUGUAGAGAUUGAGUGUGAUGGAACUGUUUUGGAUCUGACUAGCACUUCAUUGGAAGGAAUUGCAGUUCUCAACAUUCCCAGCAUGUAUGGUGGCUCCAAUCUCUGGGGGGAAACCAAGAAACAGCGCAGCUAUAACCGCAUGAGCAAAAAAAUACCUGAAAAGUUGCAAUCCUCAGUGGUUACCGAUGCCAAGGAGCUCAAGUUUUGUGUCCAAGCUCUUAGUGAUCAGCUCUUGGAAGUUGUUGGUCUUGAAGGGGCAAUGGAAAUGGGACAGAUCUAUACUGGACUGAAAAGUGCUGGAAAGAGGUUGGCCCAGUGUUCCUCUGUUGCCAUCAGAACAACCAAACUGUUGCCCAUGCAAGUGGAUGGAGAGCCUUGGAUGCAACCACCUUGUACAAUUAAAAUAACCCACAAAAGCCAAGUGCCAAUGUUGUUAGGACCUCCCCAAAAGAGCAGCUUUUUCUUCCUGAGGAGAAGAAACUGA